CCGCGGCGCUGUGGCGGUGAGGGCGGAGGACCCGGCCCUGGCCGCGGCGAGGGCGGCGGCGGAGACGGCCAGGCUCGAGCUGGAGGCGGCGAAGCUGCGGGCGGAGGCCGCGGAGCUAACGCGGGCCGCGGGCGAGGAGCGCAGGACUUCACGCGCGGGGGCGCUGCUGGCCGGCACACGGAACUCCGACGGCUCGUACGCCGUGAGCCCCGCGGAGCUCCCGGCUCGCCUGAGCGCGGUGUCCAACUUCGAGCCGACCGAAGCUGAGGUGGCGCGGCUCUGCGCCGCCGUUGGGCGGCCUGGGGCCGCCCUGGGGUACGAGGAGCUUGCCAGCGUGGCGUUCGACUCCGAGCUGGAGAGGACCAGAUUGUCGCCGACAGGCGGCAGCAGGAGGCCCAGAGGCAGGCCCAGGAGCGGGAGGCGCAGGCGGCGGCCGCCGCGCAGGCGCGGCAGGCGGCGACGGGGGCCGCGGCGGCCGGGUCGCCAACGGCGAACAACGACCUCACCACGGGGACCUUCGACACGCAUUCUCGCGGCCCUGGCGUACCUGCUGCCGCUCAUCGACUCGAUCCAAUUCGGGAUCGCGCUGACUCAGGUGUUUCCCAUCUUCACGCCCGUCCUCGCACUCCUGGCGAUCCCCUCCCUCGUCAUCAACGCGCUCCCGUUCGGCAUCGGCACGAUCAUCCUGUUCGGGGCCUGGCUCUUCCUGGCCAGCAGGCCCGAGUACCCCAGACUGGUGCGCUUCAACUUGCUGCAGGCGGUGUACCUGGACAUUGCGUUCUACUUGCCCACCACCUUCCUGGCGCUCAUCGGGGGGCGGGGGGCUGCCUCCAGAGAUCGGUGGGUUCCUGUAUUUGGCUCUGUUCGCAGUGUGCUCCUACUGCGCGUUCAAGAACUCGCAGGGGGAGUAUCCCGACGGCUUGCCGGUCGUUUCAGAUUUCGCCCAGAGGAAUGUCGACCAGCUUACAGAUGA